CUUCUUUCGAAGGGCAUUAUUUUCCGACUCUGGCUGACUUGUUCUGACAGCAGAAGCGGUCUCUACACAAUACAUAUUCCCAACGUGGCUGUGCACGGAACUGCGAGAAUAUUAGGUGGAUAGCAAUAUAAGCACUACCUAAGGACUUAUGCCAAAGAAACCCCACAAUCCAUCAAUCACCCUUGUGCUGACUGCUGAAGAAGCUGACAUUGCUGGCGUAACUCUGCUCCAAGUCCUCUAUGGAUUAUCUAUGGAUCAUUAUCUAGACCGUGUACUCCGUACCAUGCAUGUACUGUGUAUAUAGUACUGGGUAGAUAGAGGUGUUGACAACCAC